AUGAGGCUACAACCACCGAGAGGCGCCCGCCUGAAGAGUUCCAACAGCUGUGGACCGGAUGGCAUCCCCGCGGUUGUGCUCAAAAAGUCUUGCGAUGCACUCGCGGAACCGCUGGCUCAACUCUUCAACACCUCGCUUUCCACCGGAUUUUUCCCAUGUUUCUGGAAGAAGUCGUUUGUGUUCCCUGUUCACAAAAAGGGGCCUAAACGUGACGUCCGGAACUACCGCGGAAUCGCUGCCCUCUGCGCUGAACAGCAUGGCUUUAUGGCGAAACGCUUUACCAGUUCCAAUCUGGUCACCUAUUCGUCCUUCAUCCUACGAACUAUGCAGGAACGGAAACAAAUUGACGCCAUCUACACGGAUCUAUCGGCAGCAUUCGACAAGCUAAACCACCGUAUUGCUGUUGCUAAACUCGAGCGACUGGGCUUCAGCGGUUCUCUGCUCGAAUGGCUUCGCUCCUACCUCACCGGACGAGAAGUGAGCGUAAAAGUGGACGACAUCAUGCUUGGGAAUCUGGUUCCGUGCGGGAACACAAGGUUGGAACGGUCAUGGAGCGAGGCGCAUCAAUAUCAAGAGCUACUGACUCCCUUGGACAUCUGA